AUGCUUGCCGUCUUUUGGAUAUUCGUUUGUCAUCUCGCAGUGGAAGCACUUGGGCAAUAUGGACAGCAACAGCAAGCGCCACCCAGCUAUUCUCCAAGCUACAGCCCAUCUCUUCCCUACUCAACGCCGUACUACCCAGAGCCAAUGUACUAUGAUGAUUCGUCAAGCAGCAGCAGCAGCAGCGAGGAACACAAGUGCAGCGCGAAGAAAGUCGAACACGCUCGAUGCCCGAAAAGAUUGAGAAGCGAUGGGACCAAAUGCAAAGCUCCAAGCACACGUCGCGUCGAGAUGAACGACAAGGACUAUUUGGAGGUGACAUGCAAAGCCGGCAAAACGUGGACCGCUCUUGUCACCAAGUCAGGAAAGAUAAUCACUGUUUCUCGUGGAAAAUUGGAACACGUUUUGACUUGCAAAGGUGACGACUGGAAGACUUACACCUAUUCCGGAAAGCGGAUCAACGCCAACCAUGUCUUCUGCGUUCAAGGAGCUCUUGUCGACGAUUUCCUCAACGGGAAAUCGACAACAACGACGACUACCGCUUCACCAACCAAGCCAGUUUGUCAAACCUGUGCCUCACUUCCUAUCACGCUCGAGGACAACGGAUUCUCACCGGCGCCUACUUUUACCUUCUACGAUGGCCCACGCGGAAAGCAAUGCACAAAAGAAACGCUAUUCUGUUCGGCUCCCACAACGGGAGAAAAGGGAAAAUGGAUCGUCGAGUAUUGGGGAGAUAAGCCAUCGAACACCGAGGGACCGAGCUGCUCCGAGAGACUCAACUUGUACUGCGACGAGAAAGCACACUGGAAACACGAUUGGAAACACGUCAAGUCGUUGACUUGCGCGAGCGCUGGAAACCCCGGAGAUUGUGCCACUACAACCACCACCACGACCACAGCUGGACCAGGCACCACAACGACGACCACCACCACUACCACGACAACCACCACCACUACCACGACAACCACCACCACUACACCAACUCCACUUUGCAAGUUGUGCGUCGACUUCCAGGCAAGAGACCUCUUGAACGGACAGAUCUCCUCAACAAUCGACACCUACGAACUGAAUGGAGUGAGCUGCAAAAGACAGACGCUCAACUGCGGGACGUCGACACGAGAAAAGUCAAAAUGGAUUGUCGUCUUCACUAGGGGACCCGGGGAUAUAGUUGGCCCAUCAUGCGCUCCGGACUACGAGUUGAAGUGCGACGCGACCGGAAAAUGGGUCCACGAUGGCAGAGAAGUGAGAUCUUUGACAUGCACCAGUUUCGGCUUGGACAAUGUCUGCUCGACGACGACCACAACGACGACCACAACAACAACAACAACAACAACUACUACUACUACUACUACUACUACUACUACUACGACAACAACUACGACCACUACGACUACAACCACUACCACAACAACGACCACAACAACUACGACAACAACGACCACUACAACGGGCAAAAAGUGCAGUCUCUGUACCCCGAUCACCCCGACAAACAAAGACCCCCAAGCCCAAUCCACACAGACUACCAGCCUAAACGGUGAUGGCUGCUUGACGGAAACUGCGACUUGUUGGAAUGUGGACCGCUCAAAGAGGGCUAUGAUCAAGCCGGACACGGACAGCACGGGUGCCGAUUGCCCGGCCGUUUACACGAUCACCUGUGACAAUAACGGCAACUGGAUCGGCAGGAAUCGGCAAAGAGUCACCAAACUCGAUUGCCAUUCGAACAACGGUCGAUGCAUUGGA